UCACUCACUUACUUGCAUUAUAUGAACACAAAUACGAAUAUAAUACUAUUAUAUUAUGGGUUUAUAGCUUACUUGUACUACUGACUCCCCCACUACUUAAAAUACGGAUGACCUCUUCUGUAUUACUCGAACUACUCGCACGCAGAGAUAAAUGUAUAUGGACGGGCCUAUGUCACUUUUAGUAACGUUAACGAGCUAAGAAGUGUCGGGUCACUAAUAACGAAUAUUUAUUUUUAUAUUUAUUAAUUUAAUACUUAGUUCAUAUAUUUAUGAGAAUUUUUUAGUGAAAUUAUUUGGCACUGGUUUUGUUCAUAUAUAUUUAUAUAUUUUUAUAAGGAAGUAUUUGUCAGGAUGGAGGUCCUCCAUCGUCCUGUAUUUGUUGUUAUCCUCGCUGGUGGAUGGAGAUGUAUAUCCACGUGUAUGAUAUUCGUGUUAUUUUCAUUAUCACUCGUAUCUUGUCAAUUGGAUUUGCCUCCCCUAAGAGAUGAGCGCGUGUCUGCAGACGCUUAUAAUCAGCGUAAUCGGGGAUCUAUAGAUCCCUAUAACCAACGUGACCGUGGAUCGAUAGAUCCUUACAAUCAACGUGAUCGAGGAUCUUCAGAUCCUUACAAUCAACGUGAUCGAGGAUCUUCAGAUCCUUAUAAUCAACGUGAUCGUGGAUCUAUAGAUCCCUAUAAUCAACGUGAUCGAGGAUCUAGAAUAAAUGACUUGGAUUAUAAAAAUGUCCUUGCGCGAUUGGAUUUUCAAGGUGCAGAAAGGUGCAGCAAUAAUGUCGCCGCUCAAUGGAAUUAUGAGACUAAUGUUAAUGAAUACUCGCAACUUCAAGCUUUAGAGGCACAACGAGAUUACGCAGAAUUUCAAAAUGGCGCAUGGCAAUUGAUCAACAAACUAGAUGUCUCCAAUCAACGUGAUCCAGUCCUCCAAAGACGAUUGAGAUAUUUAUCAAUCGUCGGCCCAGCAGCUUUGCCACCCGACCAAUUAGACCGGUAUAACCGACUGAUUAAUGAUAUGCUGGCUAUUUAUAAUUCGGCGACUAUUUGCGCGCACAAUGAUCCAUUUAGAUGUGGAUUAAGACUGUAUCCAGAAAUAUCAAAACUAAUGGCCAAAAGUAGAGACUGGGAUGAAUUACAGUGGGUGUGGGUGGAAUGGCGACGACGAAGCGGCUCGCAAAUCCGUGACCUCUAUAGUCAAUUAGUCUUUUUGAAUAAUGAAGUUGCCAGAUUAAAUAAUUUUACUGACGCAGCAGACUACUGGAUGUUCCCAUACGAGUCGCCGGAUUUCCAGCAAGAAUUAGAUGAAGUGUGGGAAAGUGUCCGACCUCUUUACGAAGAACUUCAUGCAUACGUUAGAAAGAAGCUUCGCGAUCUCUAUGGGCCUGAAAGAAUCGGCGGACAUACUCCACUUCCUGCUCAUAUACUUGGAAAUGUAUGGGGACAAUCUUGGACAAAUCUUCUUGAUAUAACUACUCCUUAUCCUGGAAAAUAUUACAUGGAUGUUACGGAAGAAAUGCAAGCGCAGGGAUACACACCCAUAGAUAUGUUCCGUAUCGGAGAAGAAUUCUAUCUAUCACUAAAUUUGAGUGCAAUGCCCCAGGAAUUCUGGUCGGGAAGUAUACUCGUCGACCCAGGUGACCGGCCAUUAAUUUGUCAACCUUCCGCUUGGGACUUUUGUAACCGCGUAGAUUAUCGAAUAAAAAUGUGCACAAAAGUAACGAUGAAGGAUCUGAUAACUGUCCACCAUGAAAUGGCGCACAUUCAGUACUUCCUACACUACAGCCACUUGCCGCGUGAGUUCAGAGAUGGCGCUAAUCCAGGCUUUCACGAGGCCGUCGGAGAGGCUGUCGCUCUGAGCGUUGGAUCGCCGCGUCAUCUCCAAACCCUUGGACUGGCGAACAAAUACAUCGAUGAGCCGGCGGCAGAUGUAAAUUAUCUGUUUUCGUUGGCGAUGGAAAAAUUGCCUUUGCUACCAUUCAGCAUCGCCGUUGAUCGUUGGCGGUAUGACGUCUUCCGUGGAAUCGUCAAUCGCGAGGAGUACAAUUGUCAUUGGCACAGAAUGAUGGAGCUCUAUGCGGGAAUAAAACCUCCCGUUUUACGAUCGGAAGAUGAUUUCGACCCUGGCUCGAAGUAUCAUAUUCCUGCCAAUGUUCCCUACGUUCGAAACUUUGUGGCUGGGGUACUACAGUUUCAACUAUAUCGAGGUCUAUGCCAAGCCGCAGGCCAACGAUACACCAAUGAUCCACGUCGGCCGCUGCAUAAAUGCGAUUUUUAUAGAAGCCCAGAUGCUGGACGCGUUUUAGCGAGAUUGAUGGAGAAAGGAUCCUCAAGACCGUGGCAGGACACACUCCAAGAGGCGAUCGGUGAAUUCAGAUUGGACGGUGACGCACUCAGAGAAUUUUUCAGGCCAUUGGAGGAUUGGCUGAGAACGGAAAAUCUAAGGAACGGUGAAAUUGUCGGUUGGUCUUACGACGGCGACUACUGCAAACGGAGCAUCGAAACAGCCGGUCUUCAAGUCUAUGGAGCUGGAUUUUAUAAUAGUGCUUUCUCUGUUUAUCAAUAUUCGAGUUUCGUUAUAACUCUGCUAUUAAUUAUUGUGACAGCCGUUUUUUAAAUUCCCAAUUUAUAAAUUUAUUUAUUACUUAAGUUAUUUUAUUUAAAAUAAAAUUUUAAAAAAUCUAAAUAAUUAUUUGUUUGAAUUUUUACUACAGGCUUACUUCGAUGGAAAAAUAUUUUUUUAAAUUUUAAUUUUGUAUGGUGAAAUUUUGAGAAAUUUUCUCCGUGGAAAAUAAUAGGCAAAAAAAAAAAUUAAAUGAUUUAAAAUGCAAAUAAAUCAGACCGCGAGAUAUAAUAAGUAUAUUUUGAAAUCAACGCACAUAUAAGAACGCGGAAAGAGAAAUAAAUGAUCCUAUACGCUACAUAUAAAUAAAUACACAAAUAUAUACAUAUAUACAUAUAUAUAUGUAUAUAAUCAGUUGUCCAUCACAUCACGUUAGUCAUAAUAAAAAGUCUAUAGAGACUUAAUUUCGAGAUUGAAUAUCUCGAUAACAUUCUCUCUUCUACAAUGCGCACAUCAAUUACACUAGCAACGAAACAAAUAUAUAAAUAUAUAUAAGAAAUAUAUGUAAGUGAUUCAAAUAUUUCUCAAAAAUUUUUAUUUAUUUUGUGUAAAGAAUUUUAAAUAGAAUUUUAUGUUUUUUUUUUACUGUAACAAGAUGGCGAAAAAAUCUAUUGUGCGCAUGCGCAUAAGGAGGGGGAAAACCCGAAGAUACCCGAAGUAAAUUUCUGUGCUACUGCGAUCAUAGACAAAACUCUAAUAGUAAAUUUUUAUGUUUUUCAGCAAAAACUUUGAUUCCAUUUUCAAAAAAUUUUUGAAAAAGUUCAAUUUUUUUUUCCAAUUCAAAAUAAAUUUAUCUGAAUAAUUUUGAAAUUUAAAUAUAUAAAUAUCAAAUUAUCUGGUAUAUUUUUUUUUUAGCUUAUUUUGUAUUCGUUCAAAAAUAAAAAAAAUUUUUUGAAAAAAAAAAAAAAAAAAAAAAAAUAAAAAAGAAAAAAAAAAGAAAAGUCUCCGCAAAAACGUGACAAACAAUGAAUCUAAUGCCCUAUAGAGUCUGGCUUUCACCGAUUAGCCGACGUUAAAAGGAAGUAAAAAAAAAAAAAACCAAAUAGAUAAAGUAUAAUAUAAGUAAAUAUAUAAGGGAGUUAUAGAGAAACGGAAUUCGGUGUAAGUAUAAAAAAAAUUAAAUUGAAUUUUAAAAAAACGCAGUAUAAUAGACACUAAUGAGGCGAUGAUACGCUAGAUCUUAUUUGUAAUUCUCCUGGUAACUGUUUUAGUUGUAAAUUGGUUGAGAUACUUGACGUUAAAUUGUUUGUAGACGUCUCCUGACUGUGACACCUUCUGGGAAAUAGCAAUUAUGAGCCUUUCACAUAAUGUGAUGUAAUGGAGAUUAAAAGACACGUUGGGCGCCAGAUGAAUUUCAUUUUUUAUUGUUAGUAUUUAUGAGUGCGCCGGUCGUUUAAAUUUAACGGAUACUUUUUUCGGUGAUUAAUUAUCGCAGUUAAUGGUUUAUUUGGGUAUUCAAUAAAUUUUAAUUGGCUGAAAGUGAUCAUAAAAGGUAUUUAAUUAUGACAUUGUAAUGCUGAUUGAUCAAGAGUAAAUUGCAUUUAAUUAUUAAAUUGAGAUUAAGGUAUUACUCAUGUGAAAUUUUAUUAAUCAUCAUAAUUAUUCAUAAUACUAUAAUUUGACU